AUGCCUUCGUCUACUUCCAUCUCUAAGACUGGACUUAACGAUGAUAACGUCAUCUUUGCCGCUAACGAGGAUGAGGUCCAGCGCCUCGACAAGCAGCACAAAGUGGUUUAUUCUGCAAUGCCCCAGCUCGUUCUCGCACCCAUCGACCUUGGAGCAGGCGGAUACCGGGUCUUGGACCAGGCUACCGGUAGUGGUAUCUGGCUUCGAGAUGUGCGCCAGGCGGCCGGAGGUGCUUCGAACACAUGGAUAGGAACCGACAUUGAAGAUAGCUAUUUCCCAAAAGAGACUCCAAACGACACCUCGUACCAUCACCAGUCCAUGACCGAGCCGUGGCCGCUACAAUGGCAAGGAACAUUCGAUCUAGUGCACUCACGUAUGGCACUUCCGGGCGUCGGUCUCAGCUCACUGGAGGAUGCUGUCAUGAACCUGGUCAAAUUGGUGAAGCCUGGUGGCUGGAUUCAGCUGGUCGAGAUGCAGUGGCAGGACUGGGAUGCCGGUCCAGUGCUCCAAGAAUUUCAACAGGCCAUGCGGCAGCUUGUGGGCAUGGUCACUAAUGGACAGGGCGUGGACAUGAGAAAGAGCCUGACGGCAUUGUUCGAGAAGGCGGGUCUAACGAAAAUACAACACGCCAUCAUCGAUGUGCCAGUAGGAUUCAAGGCAAAGGAUGAUGUGCGUGAGCUUAGCUUACAAAGUAUGUUUGCGACAGCUUCAUUCGCCACGGCCACGCUCAAGACACUACAGCCAGUUGAGCUUGAGGCAGACAUUGACUCAUUGCCAGCUAGACUCGUGGGAGAGCUCCGUAAGACAGGCGGAUCUUACAAGCUCUUUGCUCUCUGGGCCCAGAAGCCUGAAUUUUGUUGA